UUGCGCAUGCGCGACUCUUUCCAAAACAACAAUGGCGCUUCUCAGUGGAACCCUGCGUUUAAACCUUGUCAACAGCCGUCCUUUCUUCAAAUGUUCCUCGCUUGGAGUCCGGUCAUUUGCUGACCACGUCUCGGCAAAAACGGCAGAAUCCAGCGCUAUUGAGACCUCUGUCGACCAUAUCAUCUACACGCCAGAGCACUUGGCAUUAAAGGAAUCCCUGAAAAAGAUAAUCGACCAGGACAUUAACCCGUUUGUUGAUCAGUGGGAAGCAGAGGGGAAGUUUCCAGCCCAUAAAAUAUUCAAGAUCCUAGGAAACGCCGGAUUUCUUGGAGUUACCAAACCAGUUGAAUAUGGAGGCUUGGGAUUGGACUACAGCUACAGCGUGGCUGUUUCUGAGGAGCUGGGUAGCAUCCGCUGUGGAGGCAUCCCCAUGGCUAUUGGCGUUCAAACCGACAUGGCUACUCCCGCGCUGGCCAGGUUUGGUUCAGCUGAGCUCAAGAAAGAGUUUCUGCUUCCAAGCAUCCUGGGGGACAAAGUUGCCUGCCUUGGAGUUAGCGAAGUUGGAGCGGGUUCUGAUGUGUCAAACAUUAAGACCAAGGCGGUGAAGAAAGGGGAUGAAUACGUGAUCAACGGGGGCAAGAUGUGGACCACCAACGGCAUCCAGGCCGAUUGGAUGUGUCUUCUCGCCAAUACCAGCGACGGACCCCCACACAGGAACAAAUCCCUUAUUUGUUUGCCCAUGAACUCGCCAGGAGUCCACAUUGCUCGGAAGAUCGACAAACUGGGCAUGUGGUCAUCAGACACGGCCGAAGUGUUCUUUGAGGACGUACGCGUUCCCUGCAAGAACGUCAUCGGCCAGGAGGGCAUGGGUUUCACCUACCAGAUGCUCCAGUUCCAAGAAGAGAGGCUCUGGGCUGUGGCCAAUAUCCUGACCACUAUGGACAUCGUCAUUCAGGAGACCAUCAGCUACACUCGCCAGAGGAAGAUCUUCAAUCAGCCCGUCCUCUACCACCAGUCAGUCCAUUUCAGGCUGGCUGAGCUCCAGACGGAGGUGGAGCUGCUGCGUGCUCUCCUCUACCAGGCCACAGCAUUGUAUAUCAAAGGCAAUGAUGUCACCAAGAUGGCGUCCAUGGCCAAACUCAAGGGGGGCCGUCUGGCGAGGGAAUUGAGUGACAGCUGUCUGCAGUACUGGGGAGGGAUGGGCUUCACCAGUGAUGUGUUGGUCAGCAGAUUCUACAGGGACUCCAGGUUAAUGUCCAUUGGAGCAGGAGCUGACGAGGUCAUGCUCGGAAUCAUCAGCAAAUACAUGGACAUGCUACCCAAAAAGUGAUGUCAUCAGUUGCUUGCUUGAUGACAUAAAGUACCUGCCUUUUGAUUGAAUGGUAUUAAAAGCAAAUAUUUUUCUAAGUAACAAAGUGGCCUUUAUAUUAAGGCAUGCUAUUCGUACUGAUUUCAUGUAAAUAUUGCUCAUCCUUUAAAUUACUAAAUACAGUAUGUACUGUAAUGUAGCUAAAUGAUUAACGCUCAUAAAAUCUUUAUUUACAUUGAACACGUAACAAUGUACUGUGGAAAUCACAAUAUCACAUGCUGUUAUGUUGUACAAUUGGCAUAGUCUGUAAUACACCAAUUAAUUCCUGAGAGCAAUUAAUCUAAACGAUAUCUCUCAGAGGGGAUUCUGUAACUCGGUGCCGUUUGCAUAAUACACUGAUUAUGAUACACA